AUGGCACCCGCUGUGAUCUACGAGAUCUCACCCAUGGGCGUGGCCAUGACGUGUUUUGCAGCGUUUGGUGGCUUCCUGUGAGCAGCUCCCUCUUCAUCUCCUGACGGCGCGACGGCUAGCGUGGCCACCGCAGGUCGCCCCACCGCACCGGCCUUGGGGGGUCGGGCUCGCUCAGCAUUCGUCUUGAGCUCGGAUAUGCAUUCUGGAUGCUGAAACUGACCUGCACACCCUUCCUGACUUAUGGGCGGUAGGUACGGCUACGAUACCGGCAACAUUUCCGGAGUCAAGUACGUCUUCGCCGUUUUGGCUUGGGGCGGAGCGGCGCGCUCAAUUCUCAUCUCGCGUGAACUGACGAGCUCGGACCCUCCACACCACCAUCCCCAUAGAGCGAUGCCAUACUGGCUCACCUUAUUCGGUGACUUCCAUCCCGAGAACUCUCCCGAUCAACGCUUCGUCCUCUCGUCAGGUCACGACUCGCUCAUCACCUCGAUUCUCUCCGCUGGGUACGCUGACUGUGCCUCCUGUCUUGGGGUGAGACUUGUUGAACAUGACUGACCCAGAACUCGCAUCGUUUCCCUCCUCAGAACAUUCGUUGGUAAGCAUACAAUCUUCGCUUCGUGAUCGCUUGCCCGAAGGCAGCUAACACGUGCUCUCUUGCUCGUUAGGGGCUUUGGGUGCGUUUCCCGUCGGUGAUCGAUUGGGGAGGCGUUGGGUAAGUCCAUUUAGCCUUUAUGGGGCAAUCACAACUCCUGAAGCAGUUCUUUUUAUAUCUUUGUCAUAGGGCAUUAUUGCGUACUUGGUGCUAUUUUGCAUCGGCGUGGCUUUGCAAACGGGUGGCAAAUCACUCACGCCUUUCGUCAUCGGUCGUGUUUUCGCGGUCAGUUGUGCUGCUUCCGUGAUUGCUUUUCCCUGGAGUGUCAACUGACCACCACGUGGAUCCUCCUCGAUACAGGGUCUUGGAGUCGUGAGUUGACAGCCAUCGAACGAUGCGCAUGGCACCCACUGACCGAAGGCUUUACAUCGCAUCCCGUCGACAGGGCGGAACGUCCUGUCUGGUUCCGAUGUACCAGAGCGAGUGCGCUCCCAAGUCAAUCCGAGGCGCCAUCGUUGCCGCGUAUCAGCUGAUGAUCACCGUCGGUCUACUGGUUGUAAGCUUCGCUCGCUUGAUCGUCAAAAUCUGAUUUCGCUUGCUAAAAAGGAAAGUGAUCUCUGCUAGGCUGCAUGCAUCGUCUACGGAACCAAGGAUAUCGCUUCUGCCGCCUGCUACCAGAUCCCGAUCGGCUUGCAGUUCAUCUGGGCCGCCGUGCUCGGUGUCGGUUUGUUGUUCCUCCCCGAGUCCCCACGUUGGCUCUUGGCGCAGGGUCACAACGAGCGCGCGCAGCGCGCACUGUCUAGGAUCCUUUCCGCCCCUGUCGAUUCGGCUCAAGUCCACGAGGAAUACGCGGAGAUCGCCGCCAACCUUCAUCACGAACGAGCGCUCGGAUCUGCAAGUAAGUGAGCAUUUGGCCUUGCCUGCAAAUAUCCUGGAACUAAAGAUCUAGGCCUCGUGCCAGGCUACCUGGACACGUUCCGAUCCGGCCCUGGUAAGAACUCGCUGCGCACCUGGACAGGUAUCGGCCUCCAAGCUCUCCAGCAGCUUACCGGUAUCAACUGUGAGCUUCUCAUUUGACUCUCUGGUGUUAUAUAGGCAUGUACGUUGAUUCUUGUACUGAUGAUCGUGGCUUCACUCAGUCAUCUUCUACUACGGAACUACCUUCUUCCAGAAUGCGGGAAUCACGAACCCCUUCCUGAUCACCGUCGCCACCAACGUGUAAGCUUCAAUAUGUCGCCUCGGGGAAAUGACAGACUGAAUCAAUACAUGUUUUUUGUUAUCAGUGUCAAUGUUUGCAUGACGGUUCCCGGUAUGUGGGCAGUCGAUCGUGCUGGACGUCGCCCCUUGCUCUUGAUUGGUGCUGCGGGCAUGCUCGUUUCUCAAUUCAUCGUCGCCGCGGUCGGAGACGCGGUCGCAACGACUAACUUGGCCGGACAACAUGUUCUCAUCGCAUUCGUAUGCAUUUUCAUCGCCUUUUUUGCUGCGACUUGGGGUCCUCUGGCUUGGGUCGUGACGAGUGAGAUCUACCCCAACUCGAUCCGCGCGAGAUGCAUGUCCCUGUCAACGGCUUCCAACUGGCUGCUCAACUUCGUGAUUGUGAGUCGUUGCAGUUGGUUGUUCUAAACGUCACUCGGUUUCACAAGCUGACACAGUGCACCAUCAUAGGGUUACUCUACGCCUUAUCUAGUUAACAAAGUUCCGGGCUCUGCGGGGCUGCAGUCGAACGUGUUCUGGAUUUGGGGAGGAUGUAAGCUCCUUCUACAGAAUGAGGGUGAGCUCAAACUUUAGAUGAUACUGAGCAUAUCGCAUGAAUUGAUAGGCUGCGUACUGUGCUUCAUCUUCACCUACUUCUGCAUCCCCGAAACCAAGGUGAGCACACAAUAGAUCUCACGCCAGUCCUAAGAAGGUUUGGCUGAUCGCUUGUGCUCACCUCCGUAUCGAUCACAGGGUUUGUCUCUGGAGCAAGUCGACAUUUUAUACCGAAACAGCUCGAUCAUCAACUCGAAUGCGUUCCGCAAGCGUAUUUUGGACGAGAAUAUGCACGACGAGGACAAGGAUGCUUACCUCGCCGCCAAGGGCGAGAGCGGCAAGACCGAGCACAUCGAAAAACGUGACCUCGGACCUUAG